UUCAGUGGUCCGACGUGCAGGGCAAGACUCAACCCGUCAACAUGAAGACUGCUCUGGUUGUGUGUGUCGUUCUGGCAGGCGUCUGCGUGGUCUUCGCCGGAGAGAGUACAGAAGGACUGUGUGCGCUGGACGAUACGCAGAAGGCGAAGGCAGUGGAGUGUAUCACGGGAAAGGUUUCUGACAAGGUAAAAGAAAAGUGGGAAGGCAUCAAGGCGUCGCUGGGCGACACUGAUCUAGAAGCGGCAAAGAAGCUCUGUGAGCUGAAACAAGAGAACAAGGAGGCUGCGGGAGCUGCAAAAUUGUUUACGCCUGAAGACGAGGCGGAAAUCAAGAAGGCGUUCAACGACUGCAAACCACAGUAAAAGUGGUCUAUGUCAAGUUACGUACCACAGCGAAGGCUCCCAACCCACCUUCUUUUUUGUUAUCUGGUCAUCAUGGAAGCACAUGGAUGCACUCCUUCUCUCUUCACAAUGCCAAGCGAGUUGGAUGUGUUGAGCAAUAAAAUACGUUGUUUUGAUUGA